AUGUCCUCCACCACAGGCCCCAAAAUGCACUCAGAUCCUCCGCCAAAACCAUCCUCCUUCGCCCUCCGCUAUUACGAUUUCGCAGACGGACACAGCGAUCUGACUCCACGCCCGACUCUAAUCCCCCCCUUCCCCUCUUUUUCCACUACCCCAACAUCCAGAGCUCCAUCCAAACAAACACGCGACUGGGAUACGAUUGAGACACAUCAAAGAAACCGUCUUCACUCUUUCACCACUCGUGAGCUUCUCAAUCUCGAUGCAAUAACUGAACGUCCAAUGGCUGCAUCUACAUUGUCCGAUGUACCUAUUCUCGCUCUACUGCGAAAGACGCAAUGGGACAGUACAGGUAGAAUGUUUGGAAGAAAAGACGCGAUUAUUAUUGAUGACUGGGGACAGAGUGGAGAAGAAGAAAGCGGGAUGUAUGGAAGUUGGAAUUCGGAGAAUGAACAUGUAUGGAAGGCCUUGCGGCCGAGUCUAACGAUUGCAAAUCAGUAUUUGUUAUCGAGUCAUAUGCUACCUUGGUUUGACGCUUUACUUCUUGCCCCUCGGAAACCCAUACCACCCGAAAGAAAUCUUCUCGAUGUGCCUGAUCUCCAAUAUUUUUCUCCUCGACAUCCAGCUUAUAAGAUUGAAGAUACUAGGAAAGCCCGUGAUAAAAUAUUAAGUGAUGUCCUCUUGGAUAAACAUGACAUUUUGUUUUCGUUUUUUGAGCCGGGCAAAAAUCCAUACACAGGGGAAGUUGACGUAGACGGCGAUGAGAACAUGUAUCCUGAUCAGAACACGCUAGCUUUUGCAGAUAUUCGCUGGAAUAAGCGGAAUAUAGGAGACGAUAAAGAAAGUUCAUGCUAUAAUAUCGUGCUCAUGCUGAACGUUGAUUUCAUCACUCCAUUGAUUGUAGAUAAAUUUUUGAACCAUGCCGAACAAUACGCAAUAUCGUGGCGAAUAGCCGUUGUAAUAGUACAUGAGUUAGUUCAUGCUAUAGAAUUGGUUAGAAAUUAUCCCAGUCGAGAGGUUGAAAUGAUGACCCCACCUGCCUCAAUCGAACCAUAUUUCGAAGAAGAAGCUUUGGCUGAGCUAGGAUACUCGUACGAGAAUGCCGUUAACGGGGGAUACAUAGAAACAAUGCUCAAUGGUACGAUAUGGAAAAAUCGCCCUUUAGGCUAUUGGCUAGUCACACCUUGGCCAACUAUGGAGAUGAUUCUGACCUAUACAUCAUCUAUCGAAAACCCCCAACUCGAUGGGGAUCCACAACCCCCAAAUCAUAAAUACUUACACCCCAUCCCAGUGACUGUUUACGAAGAUGUGCAGUCCAUGUCAUUUUGGGAGCAUGCAGUCCGGCCAUAUGGUCAUAAGAUAUUGUACUAUCGAACUAUGAGAUCUAGUGUCGGGAUCAAAGUCGAAGAUGAAUAUGUGUGGGGUAGAAAUGAUAUCACAGGGCGAGUGAAUGUCUCACCAUUGGGAAACGAAUCCAAAUCAUUCGUAGAUGAAAUAGAACAGCUCAAAAAAUCAGUCAAUUGUACACCAGAAGAAAAGAAAAUCUUACGAAUUGGGAGCAAACUAAUAAAGACUGCAGAGUAUGGAGCAACUUUCUGGUCAGAUUCGAUUGAACAACGACAGAGUAUCAACGAAUAUGUUAUGAUGAUCGAAGAAACCGAAAUGAACACCCUAAAGGACAAAAAUAAUAGAGUACAAGUAUUUAAUAUUUUAUUGAAGGCAACAGAGAAGCAUAUUAGCCUGAUGCAAAACCAGUUACGCAUCGACGAGUUAAAUCGUACAAUUUCAGCAGACAGACGAAUUGAUCUUUUGAAGUUCAAUCGGGGAAUGCGAGCACUCAUACAUAGAGUUAAAUUGGAAUGGCAGAUAGAACUUUCCCAUCCGGUCAUUCGCCUCAGUGCUGUAUUGAAUCAUUUGGAAAUGGCCUUGAUGUAUAUCUUGGUCCCCGAUCAACUCACCCAACUGACUGAUACUGAGGACCAAAAAGAAAUCAAUAUAAUAUCGCAAGCUGGUAUCGAAUUCAUCUCAGGAGAUGUUGGAAGUUGCCAAGAAACCAUUUCUGAAAUCCAUAAGAAUCCAGGACAUCCUCCUUGUGAUUUUGCAAGUGGUCGCCGGGCGUGGGAUGAUACACAACAAAAAUUGACACAACGAUACUUUGCGAGAAUCAGAUAUUUGACCAGGCUCUACGAUGGAGGGAAAAGAGAAUGGAUUGAGUUGUUGGGACACUGGAUGAAAUUCGCUAAAGAUUUAGUGAACGAUUUAGAUUAUGGAGGAAUGCAUGGAAUUGGGAUGAUCACAAUGAGUACGAGAAAGAAAAGAAAGAUCGCGAGAGAUAUGGGUGAAGACGCACCACCGUACACGCAGGAAGAGAUUUAG